UAUCAUCCCAAAUUCGCUUCAGUGACAAACGGGCUACAGUCGCCGACGGGGAAAUAAAGCGACCUGACGAUGAUCGACGGCAGCCAAGCGCAUACUAACCCCUUGCCGGCCUGAAGAUUUCCGACCCAAAAUCGUCACCAUCUUGCACCGUAAUCCGUCGGAAAUUCGCCCUCUUCUUCCAUCCCAAUUUUAAUGGUGCGUUCCAACAGUUGUUUUCAAGUUGGAUAUUUUUACAUUUCUACUGUUUUGAUAGAAUUUGGGAUGGGUAUGGACAAUUGGAUUGGGUAAUAAUACACUUGGGCUACCGUUGUUAUUUUUCUUAUACUCGUGGGAUACUCUUUAACAUGUUUCGGUCUUGGUUUUAAUUUAGUUUUUAUGCAUAAAUGCAUUGAUGAAAUAUGGGUAUUUCUUUACUAUAAAUCUCAUUUCUUUAGUUUUCUAUUUUGAUUUUAAUCUAAAAUUAGGGUUUAUAAGUACUAAUUUAGGGAUAUUAGAAAUUAACAUGCCAUUAAUGUGAGUUGAUUGUUUUUUUGGAGUUAUUAGUAUCAUAACUUUAUUCUGAACUUGUAAACUUAUGUAGAAGGAGAAGCGGCCUUUAAUACGGAGUAUUGUUUUUUGAUAAACAUUAACACCUCUUUUGUGAAUGCUAAGCUUCACAAACAGAAUGGUCACAAACUUCACAAACUUAUCAUUUAUGGUUUAAUUUUUUUUAUUGAAGUUCACAAAUAGUAAGCUUAUGAAAUUUGUGACCAUUUUGUUUGUGAAUCUAGCUAUUUCUCUUUGCCCCUUUUGUCUUCAUCGCAGGGUGUAUUAGACAUUUAAACAUCAUUAAAACUGUGGUUGGAGAUUAUCAAGCUUCUAAAUUCUAAGGAAGAUUCAUGAGCAUUCGAGCACACUGAGCAGAGCAGGAACUCAUCCACCUUGGGAGUAAACCAGAUCUCAUCUAUGGAGGAUUCAGGUCUCUCUCUGCUCUAUCUUCUUAUUCUUCUUCCCCCACUCUCCCUCAUCAUCUUCCUCUACCUCAUCGUCCGGCCUCGUCCCGUGAAAAUCUCGAUCAAGAAUCGCCAUGUCUUCAUAACCGGAGGCUCCAGCGGCAUUGGCUUGGCUUUAGCUCACCAAGCCGCUUUAGAAGGCGCUAGAGUGUCGAUAUUAGCUCAGAAUUCCAAUAAACUCGAGGCCGCAAAGCGAGAGAUCAGGCUCUCCACCGGACGUGACAUUGACAUAUUUAGCGCCGAUGUUAGAGACUACGAUGCCUUGAAGAAGGCCGUGGAAGAGGCUGGCCCCAUCGAUGUUCUGGUCAGUAAUCAUGGGGUGGUUAUGCCGCGGGAGCUGGAGAAUCAGGAUCUGGAUGAGGUGAAGUUCAUGAUUGAUGUAAAUUUACUGGGGACUUUUAAUUUGAUCAAAGCUGCAUUGCCGGGAAUGAAGACCAGGGAAAACCGUGGACCGGGAUUGAUUGGAAUCGUGUCAUCUCAGGCCGGCCAGGUAUUGCCCUUGCUCAAUUUUACUCUCUCACCAAAUUGAAAGUAUUGCAUUAGUCCCAUCUCCCAUGGUUCAUUCAAACUCGAACACGGGGCCCAAGUUUGAGCUGCUCUUGACACCCUACUUUUUAUUUGAUUUCACUGGGUCUGUUGUUGUCAUUGUAUUGGACGGUGGUGGAUGACAGCAGGCAUUGGUGAAUGGUAAGUGAAAGUGGCCAACGAGUGAGUGGCGGCCGGAAGUUGCCCAUAGAAGAAAUUACUCUCUGAUUCAUUCUCCCUAACUAUUCUUAACAAAAGUUGUUUAUCACAAGCUCUAUGAUCUUUUUUAGGCUGGCAUCUUCGGGUAUACAGGUUAUUCGGCUUCUAAAUUCGGCCUCAGAGGUCUGGCAGAAGCACUGCAGCAGGAGGUUGUUGCAGACAACAUUCACGUAUCUCUAAUAUUUCCUCCUGACACUGAUACUCCUGGCCUUGCUGAAGAGAACAAAAGGAGGCCGCCGCUUACGAGUAUAAUAGCAGCUUCUUCUGGUACCGUGAAAGCUGAAGAAGUUGCCAAGAAAGCUUGGGAUGGAAUGAGAUCUGGAAAUUUUUUUGUUCCAUGCAACUUUGAGGGGUUCAUGCUAUCUAUAGCCACUGCUGGUCUAUCUCCUCAAAGAUCAUUUCGCAUGGCUUUCGUUGAGGUCUUUACAGCCGGCCUUAUGAGGGUCGUGGCUCUAUGUUUCCAAUGGGAUUGGUAUCGAAGCAUCGAAAAGUAUCAUGCGCUAAAGAAAUAGUCCCUUUUUCGGCGCGCAUCAUCCGCGGCUAUGGCGACACGUGGCAAAACUCUUGCUGGCAUUUGACAACGGUAGACGACGGCAACAUGUGAUUGGGUGAGCGGAAGACCUGAUAACAGCUUAAUAUGGUUUUUUAUAGGACUGUGUUUUGUGCAUUCAUUAAAAUGGAUAUUACUUUGGGCAAAGUUGCUGUAUACCAUAAUAAUACUAUAAUAGUCACAUUUUUGUGCGGAAAACGUUAUAAGGAGAACUAUUUUUCUGUCAAAUCUCAUUAUUAUUCCUUUGAUGAACAAUGGUUGGCACUUGAAAGCUUUGAUUUAUGAUGUAUGUUUGGUCAACAAACGCUGUAAAUGACC